AUGAAAGUGCUUAUCGAUAUCUGGCUGUUUCGAAGCUCUUACACAACUUGCUUAUUGACUGAAGAAGGAUUUAUGCUACCGGAUAAGCAUUUCUAUAAAUCUAUUGGUGUAAAUGUAGGAGACUGUUGGGAUGUUGACAUUAAACAAAAAAUUUCACAGGCGAAAAAACUUAAAUUUGUUGCAAAUGCUCUCUUUUUACAACCUUUUGUUAAAGAGUGUAUUAUUUUUAAUAUUUAUAGAGCUAAAGUUGUGAAAAAUAUCAAUAAGUUUUGUGGAAAUAUAAAUAAUGGAACUGUGUUUUUGAAACUUAUUUUGGAACCUCCAGACAAGGAAAUUAUUGACUACGCUUGGAAUGACAGGAUGCGGUAUUUGAUUUGGACUCGAAUCGAAUUAGAAAAUGCUUUCUCAUGGCUCUCAACACUGGGAGGAGCUUACUCUGCUUUAGGUGAUUACUUUGAGCAUUGUGCAGAGGAAGCCGGAAGAAUAUCACUGAGACAAUACAAACUUUCUAGAAUGCUUGGUGAUGACGGAUUAGCUGCUCGUAGCAGAUUAUAUUCAGCUAUAUCUUAUGCCCAGAAAGGAAGACUGAAACUCGCUAGACACAUGGUCAGAAAUAUAGCAGCUUUUGCAAGGGAGACACAUGACAAACGUCUUAACCGAAUGUGUCAAGGUGUAUGGGCAAAGUUGAAGUACCUAAGGACAUUAAAGUCAAAGUAUGGUACAGAAGGAAAUUGCAACGGUAGAGCGUAUUGGUAUAAUAGUAGUGGAUAA